ACAAUACACAGUCUUGGUUAGAUUUAGUGCACCUAUAGCUGGACCUGGAGCCUGGGAACUCGACUGUACUUUCAAGAGUGUUUUCAUGUGAAACCAGAAGCGUGUGGAGAGCUACUUCCUUUACUGACGAUGUCUCACCUUCAGGAGGACUGAAAACAAAGAAAAGAGCAGCAAGGUGCCAGCUUCACAUCACUUUUGUGCUCAACCAGCAGCUCUUACUUCUUGACCAUUAUGGCGAACUGGACUCUGUUUAUCGUUCUGAUCCUGCCAGCUAUGGUGUGUCUCGACAGCAAAGGAACACAAGAGGAAACCUUUGGGAGAGAACGAGGAGUUCUGUCAGUGUGCUUCAAUGACACAAUGAACAACAUCAUGCUGAUAGUUUGUAAGAUCAGAACAGAGAGAAGAAUGGGCCAAAACUGUAAUCUGUUGUAUCGAGACGGACAGAAAUUUGAGGAUAAAUGUGACUCAAGAUUCAGACUCUUGAAAAAGGAUGAGACUGUGUUUCUCAAAUGGAAAGACUUAACACCAGAGGAUCAUGGGAACAUCACCUGUGAAUGUUUCCACUCGGAUGGAACAUUCACUCUAGAGCUCAGUGUCCGUUUUAAUGGUUUUCAAGCUUCAGAGAAUGAACAACCCAGCAGUGAGAAACCAGAGCAGUUCUUUCCUUUUAUUGGUAGAAUUUCAGUCAUCGUUAUAACUGCAGCCAUUCUUGGACUUGUCUACAGGAGGUUACAUCACAGAGUUUGUUCAAGAUCUGCUGCAUCUGGAUCUACACAGGAAACUCCUAAACCUGUGGAUGGAGCUGACAGAGAGGACCCCUACUCAAGCCUUCAGCAACCAACAAGUGACCUCUACCAAACUAUCACUCCAGCACAUCAACAGAACACCAGUGAAGCUUUGCCUUGAACAAAACAGCAAAUCCACAUUUCUGACACUUCAUUCAUAAAUGUUAGAAUCAACCUGAUGGUGCAUGAUGAUUAAUGGUUAAAGACAGAAAAACAUGAGUCUGGGAUAUUUGAGUUUAAAAUUUAUAUCUCAGGUAGUUCUGCAUGGCUGGCAACUUUCCUAACCUUGUGUUUUGAGUAAGAGCUACGAGUGCAACCUGUGCCUCCUUUUUCAAGGGGGUAAAGCCAUUUAUUGUCUGAUCUACAGAAACCACAGCACUCUCCAUCAGGCCUCUGAAUACAUCAUGGUCACAGCGAACAUGUCAGUGUUAGUGGGUUUUGUGAUGCGCAUCUUUUGUGAACCAUUCAAAUUGAAGACCUGCAGGUUAUAAUUAGAAUGGGUCAGAGUUUUAGUGCAUCAAGCUCAAAUUAAACACCAAACUGGUGGGAGAGAGUUGUCAUAUAUUACGGCAUACUCGUGUGAAGCGAUAUUACUUCACACCAUCUCUGAGAGUGAAAAAACACAUUAGUGCAACAAGGUGUCACACUGUUUCCUCUUGGACCAGUAUGGCUAAAUGGAUGAUUUUAAUCAAAAAUGAUUGACUCAAAAUUUGACCAGAAAGUCAUGACUGCAAACUGUUGCCAUGUUCAUGCAAAAAAAAAAAAAAAAAAAAAAAAAAAAAAAAAACCAUUUUUGCAACAACUCAAAAUUUGACCAGAAUGUCAGAAUCCCACGUCGUGCAGAUAACUCCUCUCUAUGACUCUGUUGUUAUUGUUGUAUCAGUCCAGCUGUAAUCAGAUAAAAAGUGAUGAACUACUGUUUUAAGUUGUAUGAAUCAGGAAAUUGUCCGGUCAUUUUUAAAACAAAAAUGAUAAAAAAAUAUUUGCUGUUUGGUGGAUUUAGACUGUUAGUUGUACAAGAAAAGAAAUCUGACUUUUUUUUGCUCUUUGACACCAUAAUGCAUUUUUACACUUUUAAUGUCUCUUUUUUAUUGUACUGUCAUUCCUUUUCAUUCCUUUUUACAUAAAGUUUGCUUUAUCAUGCUACUCCAGGAUCUGUGCUCUAUUAGUCAUGUCUUCUGCAGUGAUUUUUAGUGUUACAACUAAAAUAAAGUUACCUAAAUGAGUUUUUCUGCAUAUCUGAGUUUGAGCACCGCUGAUGAGAGAAAGAGGAAAGUAGAAAAGCUGCACUGGUACGUUGGUCUUCAUUUGAUGCUCUAAAACCAAAACAAAGCUAG